AUGCCGCAACCAUUGAACUCCAAGGACCAGUCCUUGUUUCGACAGGUGGUUCGCCACUUUGAGUUGAAACAGUACAAGAAAGGCAUCAAAACGGCAGAGCAAAUUCUUCGCAAAAACCCCAACCAUGGUGACACGCAAGCGAUGAAAGCUCUGAUCACGAGCCACCUGGGCCAGUCGGAGGAGGCGUUUGCGCUGGCCAAGGAGGCCCUGCGGAACGACAUGAAGUCGCAUAUCUGCUGGCACGUCUACGGCCUGCUGUACCGCCAGGAAAAGAACUAUGAGGAAGCAAUCAAGGCAUACCGAUUUGCCCUGCGUAUCGAGCCCGAGUCGCAGCCUAUCCAGCGCGACCUGGCGCUGCUCCAGAUGCAGAUGCGUGACUUCCAGGGUUACAUCCAGAGUCGCAAUGCCAUGCUGCAGGCUCGACCGGGAUUCCGCCAGAACUGGACGGCGCUGGCGAUUGCUCACCACCUGGCGGGGGAUCUGGCAGAGGCCGAGAAGGUGUUGACGACAUAUGAGGACACAUUGAAGGGCAACCCGCCCGUUGCGGAUAUGGAACACUCCGAGGCCGUCCUGUACAAGAACACGAUUAUCGCCGAGUCAGGGAACAUUCAGAAGGCACUGGAUCAUCUCGAGGCAGUCGGCUACCGGUGUACCGAUGUGCUCGCAGUCAUGGAGAUGAAGGCGGAUUACUUGCUGCGAUUGGACCGCAAGGCCGAGGCGGAAGCGGCAUACACUGCUUUAUUGGAGCGCAACCCCGAGAACUCGAUCUACUACAACGGCUUGAUUAAAGCAAAGGGCAUUUCGGAAGGCGACCACAAGGCAUUGAAAACUCUUUACGAUCGGUGGGUGGAGAAGUACCCGCGCAGCGACGCUGCCCGUCGCAUUCCCUUGGACUUCCUCGAAGGCGACGAGUUCAAGCAGGCAGUCGAUGCCUACCUGCAGCGCAUGCUGAAAAAGGGCGUUCCGUCAUUAUUUGCGAACAUCAAGUAUCUCUACACCACCCCGGCCAAGCGCGAUGUCGUGCAGACGUUGGUGGAAGGAUAUGUCUCUGGAAAUGCUGGCGCGCAAACGAAUGGUUCUGCGGGCGCGAAGGAGGACAAAAUUGAGUUUCUAUCAUCUGCCUACUAUUUCCUGGCCCAACACUACAACUAUCGCGUCAGCCGGAACCUUCCCAAGGCCCUGGAAAAUGUCGAUAAGGCUAUCGAGCUGGCACCGAAGGCUGUGGAAUAUCAAUUGACGAAGGCCCGGAUCUGGAAACAUUACGGUAACCCGAUUAAGGCGGCAGAAGAGAUGGAGAAAGCUCGCUUGCUGGACGAGAAGGAUCGAUACAUUAAUUCCAAGUCCGCCAAGUAUCAGCUCCGCAACAAUGAAAACGACAAAGGUCUCGACCUCAUGAGCAAAUUCACGCGCAACGAGACUGUCGGCGGAGCAUUGGGUGAUCUUCACGAGAUGCAGUGCGUGUGGUUCUUGGCUGAAGAUGGUGAGGCGUUUCUACGACAAAAGAAGCUCGCCCUGGCACUGAAGCGCUUCCACUCGGUUUACAACAUCUUCGAUACCUGGCAGGAGGACCAGUUUGAUUUCCACAGCUUUUCCCUCCGGAAAGGCAUGGUCCGGGCCUACGUGGACAUGGUGCGCUGGGAGGAUCGCCUGCGCGAGCAUCCCUAUUACACGAGGAUGGCUUUCUCGGCCAUCAAGGCCUAUCUACUGCUCCACGAUCAACCGGGGCUUGUUUACGGGCCGGGUGGCACCAACGGCGAGGAAGCCGUGGAUGAAGCCGACAAGAAAAAGGCUCAAAAGAAGGCCAAGAAGGAGCAACAGCGCCUGGAGAAGCUGGAGACAGAUAAGCGCGAGGCAAGAAAGGCGGCCGCUGCCAACGCGAAGAAUAUCGACGGGGAGAUCAAGAAGGAAGACCCAGACCCUCUCGGCCUUGACCUCGUGCAGACCAAAGAUCCGCUCAAGGAUGUCAUGAAGUUCCUCACGCCUUUGCUGGAACUCAGCUCCCAGAACAUUGAGUCGCAGAAUCUCGGCUUCGAGGUCUAUCUCCGGAGGAACAAGCACCUGCUCGCGGUCAAGUGUCUCUCGGCCGCCCAUGCCAUCGACCCCUCCAACCCCACUCUCCACCUCCAACUCCUGCGCUUUCGCAAAGCCCUGGACAGCCUCUCGGAGCCACUCCCGGCGCAGGUGGCUGAGGUUGUUAACGCCGAGUUCGAGAAGCUCCUCCCCAAGUCCCAGAAGCUCGACGAAUGGAACGAGUCUUUCCUGUCGGCCAACAAGGGCAGCGUCGCACAUGUGCAAGCCGCCCUGUCUGGCCGCCAAUUCCUGAACCCGGGGUCCAAGUCACAGAGCGAGAAAGAUCUGCUUGCAACCCUUGAUGUGCCCGGCAUCACCAUCGACGAGGCAGUCGCCGCUCUGGAUCUGUUGAGCAGGUGGGGCAGUGACAAGACGGUCUAUGCUCAGAAGGCAAGCAAGAAAUGGCCCGAGUCUUCGGUCUUCCAGCCCAAUUGA